AUGGCAGACCUAAAAUCACAUCCAACGGACCCCGCCCCCGCAGACGAUCAGCAACAAACCCAAGCUCAACAGCGGGACCAGCAAGACCAACAAACCUCAAUUCCCCUAACCGAGAAGCCUACAGCACGCAUCCACCUGCCACGGGUGACGAUAAAAUAUUGCACACAGUGCAAAUGGAUGCUUCGCGCGGCAUAUUUCGCGCAAGAACUCCUUUCAACCUUCUCCACAGCGCUGGGAGAGGUAUCUUUGGUCCCCGCCACAGGGGGGGUGUUCACGGUAGCCAUCCUGCAUGAAUCCAAUGUUGAUUUCUCAACGGAGGAAACGGUGCUGUGGGACCGGAAGACGCAGGGGGGGUUUCCGGAAGUUAAACAGCUAAAAGCCCUCGUUCGCAACGUCGUUGAUCCCUCGCGGGAUCUGGGACAUAUUGACCGUGCCCUUGCAGAGCAGCGGAGCAGGGAGGGGAUUAGUGUAUCUGGUGCUGAGGAGAAAGGGGGAAGAGGGGAGUUGACGCAGACGCAAAAACAGACGGAAUCAACUACGGCUGAAGCUGGUGUUUGUGAAGAUUGUGAGUAA